AUGAGCUACGACCAGCACCAACACAUGCAGUCGCAUCCUCACCAGCAGCAGCAUCCGCAGAACAUGGCUCCGAGCUACCACCACUAUCCACCUGUGCCCUCCCACCAUGGACCUCCCCAGCAUGUCCCGCACGCUCAGCAACAGCAUCAAUAUCCGCCCCCGCAGCAACAUCAUCAGCAGCAGUACCAGCACCCCGGCCACCCCUCCGCUCACCCUCAGAACACUCUGCCCCCGAUGCCUCAAUACUCGACGCACCAAAUGCCUCCUCAGAUGCAACCGCAGCUCCCCUCGCAGAUGCCUCCGCCCGAGAUGCCCGGCGGCGCUCCACCCCACCAGGCUCAACUCGUUCCUGAGCCCACGCGCAGUAUCGAGCCUGUGUCCAGGAAAGAUGAGGGUGGUCGAACAUACAAGCUCGACGUUGUCCAACAGCCCAAGCGAGCGCGCAUGUGCGGCUUUGGUGACAAAGACAGGCGGCCCAUUACCCCGCCGCCUUGCGUGCGCUUGAUCAUCAUCGACCCGGAUACGGGCAAGGAGAUGGACUGCAAUGAAAUCGACCACUCCAUGUAUGUUCUCAACGUGGAUUUGUGGUCCGAGGACGGCCAGCGCGAGGUGAACCUCGUCCGCCACACCAACAGCGCGCCCUCUAUAUCCUCGACGACACCAUGCUCCUACACAAACUUGACCGAAAACGCCACCGCUUUUCAGCACAUUCUGCCAUCCAGCACAUCUCAUCGCGAACCUCCGCAGUUCCAUAGCCCGAACAAUAUGGGCUAUGCGCCGCCAAACGCAUCUCCUUAUCCCGGAGCUUAUGGUAUGCCCUCGAACUACCCUCCGUCUUCUCAAUAUCCUCUGUCAAAUGGGUACGGCCCCGCCCCGCCAUAUGGCUAUUCAAAUGGCGGAAUACCCGAGUAUGGCCGUACAGAAUAUGGCCAGAACCAGUUCCAGGCACGCAACUCCAUCGGUGGCGCAGGUGCGCCUCAGGGGAUGUACACGCGCAACCUCAUCGGCAGUCUUGCUGCAAGCGCCUUCAGACUGUCUGAUGUAGCAGAACACAUUGGCAUCUGGUUUAUUCUCCAGGAUCUCAGUGUCCGAACCGAAGGCAGCUUCCGCCUGCGGUUCUCUUUCGUGAACGUUGGACCGCCCACCCGCGCGCCGAGCACGAACCCCUCUAACCCAGGAGCCGUCACCAGGUCCGGCAAGGCACCGAUCCUGGCGUGUUGCUACAGCGAGCCUUUUACGGUCUUUUCGGCCAAGAAGUUCCCAGGUGUUUGCGAAAGCACGAGCCUCAGCAAGUGCUUUGCCUCUCAGGGCAUCAAGAUUCCGAUCAGAAAGGAAGGCCAGGACAACAAGCGGGGCAAGGAUGACGACGAUGACGAUUAUUAG